AUCAAGUUAAAACCUUCGUUUGAGAAUAAAAUUAUGUAUCACUUAACGGUGGUGGUAUAUAUAAAUUUACCUGAAUCUAAAACUGAAAUUCUCCCACUGUUCUUCGCGCUUGUUUUCUUCUCUGGUCAGUAAGAUAUAUAUUGCCAUUUACUCCUUGAUUGCUUGUUCUGGGAUUAAAAAAAAUGGAGAAACAAGCAGAGAUAGAACUAAGGCCCGAAGACAGAGGAGAUGAUUAUGAUGCUAUUGUUGUGGGGUCUGGAUAUGGUGGUUCUGUUGCUGCUUGUCGAAUGUCAAGGGCGGGAAUAAAGGUUUGUCUGCUAGAGAAAGGCCGGAGAUGGAAAGCAGAGGAUUUCCCAACUGACAGCUGGAAGAUUAUGUCAGCUGUGAGGUAUCAGAACCAGAACUUAGGCAUCAGAUUUGGACCAGAGGAUGCUUUAUUUCAGUUAUAUGAACAGAAUGAUUCUUUAGCAGCAGUGGCUUGUGGACUUGGUGGAGGUUCCCUAGUCAAUGCUGGAGUGAUGCUGCCAACACCAAUUCGUGCUAGAAGGAAUCUAAAAUGGCCAAAGGAAUGGGAAAGAGAUUGGGAUAUUUGUGAGUCUUCUGCUGCAGCAAUGCUGAGAAUUCAAAGCAGUUCAGUCAAAUUUCCUAUAGCCAAAGUCAUGGGAGAAAUAGCUGGAGCAGAGUUUGAAGCAAAUAUUGAGAGCUCCGUAAAGCUAAGUGUGAAUUUUGAUGUUGAAGAACCUCCUUCUAAUCCACCAAGGCUUGAGCAGAUUAAUAGCUGCUUUGCCUGUGGAAAUUGUCUUGCUGGGUGUCCUUACAAUGCCAAAAAUUCAACCGAUAAAAACUAUCUUAUCUCAGCAAUACAGGCAGGAUGCACUAUAAGGACAAAAUGUCAAGUUCAGUAUGUGAUCAAGAAUCCCCAUGGAAUUUGCCAACCAGGCGGAAUUAGCAGAGAAAGAAGAUGGCGUGUUUACAUAAAUGAGAUUGACUACAUAACAUCCGAUUGGGUAAUUCUGUCAGCUGGAGUUUUGGGCACAACUGAGAUACUUUUCCGGUCACAGAUGAGAGGAUUGAGGCUUCCAGAUACUCUCGGAUCUGGAUUCAGUUGUAAUGGCAAUAAUCUCGCUUAUGUUGCUGGCUGGAAGCCCUGCACCCCUGAAUGGUUAUGGAUUGAACAGAAAGCAAUUAUCAGAGACACCUUUCCAAGAUAGGCCAGGGCCAUCUAUCUCUUCAUCUCACACUUCUUCAUUGGGUUUUACAAUCCAGAGUGCUAUACUUCCAAGAGCUUAUCCGUAUCUGUUGUUUGAAGGGAUUACAACUUAUACCUGGCCAACUGGUUACCAGUUC